AUGACGGACUUACAAUCAGUGCCAAGUGAUAUUAUCGCCAUCUCAAAUAGAGUUGCUUCAAAAAUCGGCAUCGAAAAUCCAGAAAUAAUUUUACAUGAAGGCAACGCCAAAGGAGAAGGGUACGUUGGAGAAAUUGUAUUUAUCCAGUUAAAGGACAAGAAUAAUGGAAAGAGCCAACACAUUGUUGUGAAACGAUCAUUUACUAAUAAACAAAUUAGAGAAUUAGCCCCUAUAAGGCAGAUAUAUUUGAGCGAAAUUCUAUUUUAUGAUAACAUUUUGCCGUCCCUGCAGCGAUUUCAAGUGGAAAAUGGCUUGGAAAAGUUCGAUAAAGUGUGUAAAUGUUUAUUGACAAGCAAAGAAGAGAACAACGAGUAUUUGGUGCUGGAAAAUAUUAAAAAAAUCGGAUUUGAACUUUUCGACAAGACCAAAAUUUUAUCCUAUAAACACAUUGAAGCAAUCUAUAAAACUUACGCUUAUCUACAUGCAACCAGUUUUUUGUACAGAAAAUUCAAAUCCGAAGAAUUCGAUAAGAUGUUUGAUGGCUUAAUUGAUAUGUAUGAAGAGCUUAUGAAAGGUGAUUAUUCUAGAACGAUGUGGAUAGACAUGUUUAAAAUGUGUUCCGAAAAACUGAUUCCUGGCGAGGAUGAUGAAGUUAUAGCUGCGUACGAUAAAUAUGUAAAAGAUGGGCUUAACCAAAUGAAACAUGCGUCGACCUAUGACGGAAAAUAUCCCCUUCUUACACACGGGGACUGUUGGAGCAAUAACAUGAUGUUUAAAUAUGAUGACAAAGGGGACAUAGUAGAUCUAAAACUUUUGGACUGGCAACUUGUUAAACUGGGUACACCAGUUCAAGAUUUAUCAUAUUGCCUUUAUUCAGGUGCCUCACUGGAUACAUUCGAAAGACUGGAUGACCUCCUUAGAGUUUAUUAUGAUAAAUUUUCUGCAGUUUUGCAACAAUGUGGUGAAAAUCCGGAAGAAGUGUACCCUUUUACAAUAUUGAAGGAAGAGUGGAAACAAUAUUGUAAAUUUGGAUGGUCAGCUGCUCUGAUGAUUAUAAAAGCGAAAACUACAAAACAAGAAGAUAAAGUGGACUUCGCUGAUAUUAGCAUGACUGACAAUCAAGGUGAAAUGAUCAAGAAAUUGGUACAUGGAACGCCUUCUACAGAAUACGAUAGGAGAGUGCGGGAACUCUUAUUACAUGUCUACAAAAUAGGUGGCAUGUAAUUUAGUAAUUUAAUUUGUAUGUUUGUUCGUUCCUUCUUUAACUCAAACAAAUUUUGAUUGAAUUUAUUUUUUAUACUUCAAAAACAUUUAAACAUAUGGAUUAUUAAUACAGUUUAUUAACAAACCUUUUCAAAUCAAACAAAGUUGACAAAAUGUAUAGACGAAACGUAAGGAAAUAUUUAAGUUACAGCAUUCAUUUACAAUUUAGUACGUUGUCUACAGAGUUAAGAUAUAUACUACGAUGUCAUUCUUAUACUUAUUAACAUUCAAUA